GAGUGACAGUUCCGGCACUUUAACCUUGUGUACGUUGUUUUUGUUUCCUUUUUAAACUCACUCUUUACCAAAUCUCAACCAAAAAGACACAAAACACAGAACCGGCACUUUUACCGCAUUUUGGAACCAACAGAAUCUUCGCAGGUUAGGAAACGGCAAAGAGAAGGAAAGCAAGAAUGAUCAUCAACGUGAAGGAGUCUACAAUGGUGCGGCCGGCCGGGGAGACCCCGCAGCGCGCGCUGUGGAACUCGAACGUAGACCUGGUGGUGCCGCGCUUCCACACACCGAGCGUCUACUUCUACCGGCCAACGGGCGCACCCAACUUCUUCGACGCGAAUGUGCUCAAGGAGGCCCUCAGCAGGGCCCUCGUGCACUUCUACCCCAUGGCCGCCCGCCUCAAGCGGGACGAAGACGGUAGGAUCGAGAUUGAUUGUAAUGCCGAGGGGGUGCUCUUCGUCGAGGCUGAGACGACCUCCGUCAUCGAUGAUUUCGGCGAUUUUGCGCCCACGUUGGAGCUCCGGCAGCUCAUUCCUGCUGUGGACUAUUCCAAAGGGAUCGAAUCUUAUCCCCUAUUGGUCUUGCAGGUAACAUAUUUUAAAUGUGGCGGAGUCUCACUUGGUGUUGGUAUGCAGCACCAUGUAGCGGAUGGGUUUUCUGGGCUCCACUUUGUGAACGCAUGGUCAGAUAUGGCUCGGGGUCUUGAUCUAACUAUUCCGCCAUUCAUAGACGACCGGAUCCUACUCCGCGCCCGCGACCCACCUAAACCAGCAUUCCAGCACAUCGAAUACCAGCCGGCUCCGGCGAUGAAAACCCCCAUCCAAUCCGCAAAAUCAGGUCCCGACAGUACAGUAGUCUCAAUGUUCAGAAUAACCAGAGAGCAGCUGAAUGCCCUCAAAGCCAAGUCUAAAGAUGAUGGCAACACAAUCAAUUAUAGCUCGUAUGAGAUGUUGUCAGGUCAUGUGUGGAGAUGCACAUGCGUGGCACGUGCACUUCCUGGUGAUCAAGAGACCAAAUUGUAUAUCGCGACCGAUGGACGGUCCAGAUUGCGUCCUCCACUCCCGCACGGUUACUUUGGGAAUGUGAUUUUCACCGCCACUCCAAUAGCUCUAGCAGGUGAUCUCCAAUCUAAACCAACAUGGUAUGCUGCGAGCAGGAUUCAUAAUGCAUUGAAACGGAUGGACAAUGAGUAUUUGAGAUCGGCCCUUGAUUAUCUAGAGCUUCAGCCUGACCUCUCGGCGCUUGUUCGUGGGGCACAUACUUUCCGAUGUCCAAAUCUUGGUAUAACAAGCUGGAUCAGGCUGCCAAUCCACGAUGCUGAUUUUGGGUGGGGUAGGCCCAUUUUCAUGGGACCUGGUGGGAUUCCGUACGAGGGGUUGUCAUUUAUGAUACCAAGUCCAACGAAUGACGGCAGCUUAUCGGUUGCAAUCGCUCUACAAUCUGAACAUAUGAAAGUGUUUGAGAGUUUGUUAUAUGAAAUUUGAAAUUUGAGGAGAUGAAGGCCUGAAGAACUCUUCCAGCUUGAAUCAUUGCCUGUCAUGGUGAUUGGUUAUGCCAAAAAGUUUUCCUAGGGUGCUUCUGUUUCCUUCCUAGUGCUCUCUUCAUGCAUAAUUUGUGCCAUUGAGAUCCUUAUUUCUGUUGAAAUCUGACAUGUUCAAACUGAAGUGGAUUUUGAAACAAGUGUAUUAAUACUGGAUUCACAAUAAACCUAAUAUGAUUUAUACAACAUAUUUGAAUCAA